AUGCUCGAUAGUCAUGGAAAAUUGAGCAUCGUCGAAAUUGCUGUGUACACGCCAACGGCAUUCUUUUGUCUGUUCAACACCAUCCGCUACGGUUUCAGGCGUGAUGCAGGGUGGAUAUAUCUUCUGCUGUUCUGCAUCAUCAAACUUACUGGAGCGGGCAUGAACAUUGACAUCGAAUUGGGAAAGAAGGAGAAUCUCGUUACUACCGCCACAAUCUUGAAUACAAUCGCAUUGUCGCCGUUGCUUAGCGCGACCUUGUCUUUCGUCAACGGAGGUGCCAGCAAAACCUCAAAUGAAGUGCGAAAGUCCUGGUCAAACUCGUCUCUCCCCAGACUCCUGAAGCCGGUUCAUCUCCUUAUAGUAGUUGCACUUGUACUCAGUAUAUCAGGCUCACUCGACCGAACCAAAACUGACCAGAAUGAUCUGAACACCGGAGCGACGUUAUUGAAGCUUGCAACGUUGCUCUUCUUUAUCGUCUGGGCAAUACUAUGCCUCUGUAGCCUCAUCUUCUGGAGCACCAGGUCUCAAUAUGUGCCGAUGCAAAGAACGCUCCUUGCGGCCGUUUUGCUAGCGCUACCUUUCCUCUUGGUCCGUAUCAUUUAUUCAGGGCUCAACGCCAUCAAUUUGAACACCAGCAAAUCAACAGGCCAUACCGGGAAAUUCAAUCCUGUCACCGGUAGUUGGGCUCUAUACCUCGUUCUUGGCCUUGGUCCAGAGGUCAUAGUCGUUGCUCUCUACACGACUGCCGGGGUUUUGAACUAUUUCAAAACUAAGAGAGGCGACAGAAAGGGAGACUACACUGGCCUGGAACUCGGACACACCAUGGUCACGACACAGGCACUGGGUCGAUGA